CAGGACACUGAUCGGAUGAGACAGGGAUCAAGGUCGUCUUUCUCAACUCCAAGGACAGUUUCCCUGCUCUCAGUGUGGUCAUGGGCACUUGUCAUCAUGUUCCUUCACUUGGGUUUCGGUCUGCUGGCUCUCUGCCGUCUGACUGCUGCGUCUGAUCCCGCCUGCCUAGAUCUUCUAGAACCUGUGGAGGACAUCAACCUGGUGUCUGGAAAAUGGACUCUUCAUGUAAUAACAUCAGACAAUCAAGCUUACAUGGACGUCCUUAAAGCAGUCACCAGCUCCUGGAUUGACCUUUCACCUCUGCCCAAUAGUGAUACGUUCACAAUGAGAUGGGCAAACAGAAUUAAUGGUACCUGCUACAUUCAAAGUACUACAAGUUCCUCUUCAGAGGAAGAAUUUACCCUUAACUUCUAUGGCCAAGAACAUAAAGGGAGGUUUCUGAAGAUGUGUCCUGACUGUCUCUUCUGGUUCGACACCAAUAUGGCGCGGAUGAAUGGCGGUGAACUCGUAAAAAAGACAAACAUCUUCUUGUUAACAAAGUCCGGAAGACUUGAUCACGCUCACCUGGAGGUUUUCAAGAAGAAGGCCACAUGCCUCAACCUGAGUCGAGAUUUGCAUUUUGGAGACCUGACAGAACCAUGUGCAGAAGAAGCUUAGCCUCAACAGACUUCAAAAUAAUGCGAAAAUAAAAACAUACAAGAGACAAA